AUUGGCGUACCUAGACACCAGGAUGGGUCUGACCCUCGUUCUCAAUGUACUAAAAAUUUAAAAAUUUUCUGAUUUCCAAAUUUUCAAGAGUCUCUUAAUGAUGCCUGGUGCAAGGAUUGGCACUAUUGAUAAAGCUACGGGAUCUGGCCCAUCCACUCGGUGACAAAACUCUAGUUACGCCAAUGAUAGCAGAAAAUUAUUUCAUCUUUCUUUUUUUAUUAUUAUUUUACACAUAGUAUUUCCUAUACAUACUACGUAUGUUUUAUUGUAAAACGCAUUAUCUACGAGAUUUAAAAAAUGGUAACAAGAUCUACCACACUUUCAAAGUGACGUAAAGUACGUUUCUUUUGUAAAUAACACCCCAUUCUAGAGAUACAAUAAACAUCUUACAUUGAAACUUUGGUGAUUUUUAAUAUCUGUAACAAUUAGAACUGUUCUCUUGCAGAGGUUCCCAAAGUGUGGCAUUAAAUAUUACUAAAAAUUAUAGAUGAUAAUGUGGUGGGAAUCCUGAAGCUUUCAAGACUUAAAUUAUCACACUUUUAUAUGUAGUUGUAUUAUAUUUUAUACUGAUAGUGUAUCAGUGUGUCCUUCGAUCCUUGAUGAAGCUAGCUGCAACGAUUGGUACACGUUGAAACAUUUUCCUAUCAUUCGCAAUAAAACUAAACAUAAUAGUACGAAGUAUUAAAAAAACGAUUGUUGUACAACCCUUUUCUGUUAAGACAUUAUAAAUGAAUAGCAUAGAAUCAUUUUGAAGUUUUAAAAGAUAGUGCAUCAUAAGUAGGUUGCAAAAAAUGAUCAUCGAAAGUGUGUCGUGACCCACGAAAGUUUUGUGACCUCUACUGCGCUGUAUCAUUUAAAGGGUAUAUUCGUGUCCUUUCGAAAGUAGGGCACCAGUCCUACGUUUCGCUUUAUUCGUUUAAGUUUUCCCGUACCUUAUCCACCUGUAGUAAAGAGAUAAACUCGCGUUAUCACAAUAUAACUGAUAUCAGUAUCGUUAUCGUUCUUCGUUGCCUGAAAUCAAGCUUAGUUUCUUUCAGUACAUUAGUCAAAUCGGUUCGUCUACCAUAGUAAAAAAUGCGGGACAAGUUUCGUCCUGACCGCGUUUCCGGUUUCUUGAAAUUGGUCCUAGUUGGUUGUUUUGUUUCAUCCUUGCUAAUUGUUCGAACAACGGCUCAAGUCGUCAAUCCUUUCAAAUCUGCGUUCGGAUUGGACGAGCCGGAUUACACGGAUGGCGAGGAACCGUUUUACACGGAAGGUAAUGCAGGCGAAGAGAAUUUGAACGAAGAAUUCGAAGCGGAAGAUCUGCCUCACGACUUGGGUGACAAUAACCAGAAAAAUCCAGAGGACACACAAGGACUAGAAACCCCAGCUAACGUGGACGAAAAUUUAGGCGAUCAAAAUGGAGCUAAAGACGUUAGCGUUUCUCAAGGUAUCACCGGUAAAAUGGCUGGCGAAAAAAGUGGAAAAUAUGUGAGAUACGAUUCCGAUUUACCGGAAGCGGACAGAUAUGCGCCUCGUUCGGAUGAUUCAGUUCCAAAUUACGUUUUAACGGAAAGCAGAUUGAAAGAAAUUCGAUCGAGGUUUAUGUACUGGUUCUUCGAUAAAGGCGGCGAUGAUGACGAAGGCGAUUAUCAGAAACAAAUUCAAUCCUCCAUGCCUCAAAUACAUAAGAACUUCAACUUCCAAUUGCCCUUCUUCGGAUUUAGGUUUAACUACACCAGGGUAUCCAUGAACGGUUUCCUAGAAUUCAGCGAUCCCCCAGUCCACUACACUUACCCCCUCGCGUUUCCCGUGAAAGACUGGCCCAAAAAGAACGACCCCAGUUUCAUAGGAAUAUUCUUCAGCAAAUGUCGCAUAGGCAAGACAAGGAAGACCGACAUCGAUCAAAGAAAACCAGGAGUGUAUUUCAGGAUGGAGAGGGACUUGGAGAACAGAAAGGACCAAUUUGGUGUUGAAAUGCGCGAGCGGAUUAAAUGGGAUAUCCGCGAGGGUAUCGUCGGUACGGACUCGUUUGAACCGAAACACGCAGUUAUAAUUACGUGGAAGAACAUGUCUUUCGCUGGUGGUAUCGACAAUUCGCUUUACAAAACGAACACCUUCCAAAUGGUCCUCGCCACUGACGAAAUUUAUACUUACGCUAUAUUCAAUUAUUUGGACAUUCAGUGGACCAGCCAUACAGAGGCUGGUGGUGACACUACGGGUGGAGAAGGUGGUGUACCAGCAUUUGUCGGUUUCAAUGCAGGAAACGGUACCCAAGUGUACGAAUACAAACCAUACUCCCAGAGGUCGACGAUUCGUGAUCUGACUGGUAGAGGAUGGGCGAACGGUUUUCCAGGUCGGCACAUCUUCAGGAUUGAUGAAAAAAUCAUACCAGGCACUUGCAACAAAGACAUAGCGGGAGCAAAUUUACCUCUCGUAUUCGCGCCUGAGAGCGGCAACAUGUUAGGUGGCACCAUCGUGAACAUCACCGGGCCGUGUUUCAACGAGACUCAAAAGAUUCGAUGUAUGUUUGAAACUGUAGUCGUGACCGGCACUGUGAUCGACAGAAAUCGUGCAAUUUGUGUGCAACCGUUCGUGAAAGCAGAGGGAUACGUUCGAUUUGCGAUCAGCAUUGGCGAUAGUAAAACUUACGACUGGAAAGGGAAAUAUUUUAUCGAGACCCCAGCCACAGCUGCAGAGAAGAUCUACGUAUCGAGUGCCGUUCACCAAAAGAGUCCUGCCGAAAUAAAAAUCACUUGGAAUCGUUACAAUUUGACCAACAAUUUAAACGCCGGCGUGCAGAUAUCUCUGUGGGGAUAUCGUGAGACAAAGACUACCCCAGAGUUCGAGUUCAUCACUACGUUGGAACCAGCGUACACAAACCUUGGCGAAUAUAUCAUCACUCCAGCGAAAUUUCGUGACGCGUAUAAUCCGUAUCAACUGGAUCUAAAUUUCGGUUUUAUUCAACUCAAUUUAACCGAGCCGCAGCAACAAACUGGCCUCAACAUUUCGCCGAGCUUAUGGAGCAGGCCGAUUCCAUUAGGCUGGUACUUCGGCCCGCAAUGGGAAAGGAAGUACGGGUCAAAGUGGCCCCAGCGACUUUGCGAUAACUGGAUAAUGAACGAUCGGUAUUUGAAGAAUUUCGCGGCAGAGGUAUCUAUAUGUCCGUGCACCGUGAAGCACGCGUUGAACGAUAAAGGUCGCUUCCUUCCGGACUACGAUUGUGACAAGGACUCGAACUUGGAUUGCUUGUACAAUCAGCAUGCGUAUCACUGUGUGAGGACUGGUGCACCCAGUAUGGACGGUUCCGAGCAACAGUGCUGUUACGACAAAAACGGCUACCUGAUGUUAACGUACGAUCAGCAAUGGGGUUCCAGGCCACAUCGAUCUCACAAUUUAGGCUACUACCCAUGGGAUGAGGCGAACAAAGUUCCAACUCUUUCACACUGGCACCAUGACGUGAUACCCUUCUACAUGUGCUGUUUAUGGCAAGAGGAACACGCCGUUGGGUGCGAAACUUUCAGGUUCGAAAGACGACCCAGUCAAGAUUGCAUCGCUUAUCAAUCUCCAGCGAUUGGAACUGUGUUUGGUGAUCCACAUUUUGCUACUUUCGAUGGUCUUGAAUACACGUUCAAUGGAAAAGGGGAGUUUGUAUUAGUACGUGUGAAUAAUCUGAAAGAUAAACUCGACGUUCAAGGCAGGUUCGAACAGUUGCCAAGCAACAUACAUGGGGAAGUUAGAGCUACUCAGUUAACGUCUAUUGCGGCAAGAGGAAACAACUCGGCUGUAAUCGAAGUUCGAUUAAGACCCAAACACGCUCAAUGGAGGUACCGUCUCGACGUCUUAGUAGACAAACGACCAGUGUACUUCGACAGACCAGCCCUUAAAUUCCAACAUUUUACUGGCGCGGUAGUUUACACGCCUACUGUUAUCCUAAAUCAGAGCGAGGUGAUCAUCAUGUUCGACACUGGUGCCGGUGUAGAGGUAGUCGAAAACGAGGGAUUCAUGACAGCCAGGGUUUAUCUGCCCUGGACCUAUUUGAACAAGACCAAAGGGCUAUUCGGUAAAUGGAACUUCGACAUCUCGGACGAUCUGAUGACUCCUGAUGGCCAACAAGUUUCUGCUAGUAACUUGAAUCACUUCGAGACCGUUCACAAAGACUUCGGGAUACACUGGAUGCUGGAAGACAAAGAAGACGACUUGAAAGGGGGAUCUCUAUUUGUUAGAUCGUUCGGCAGAACAUCUAGUUAUUACUCCAAUAGAACUUUCGAGCCAGAAUGGAGAAAAACACCUGCUGAAAUAUUGCCCACUAACAGGUCAUACGAUGUACAACGGGCUAUCGAUCUUUGCGGAGAGACGUAUCAGUGCCAAUACGACUACGCCAUGUCGCUCAAUCGAGACUUGGCUCACUUUACGAAAAACUAUUAUGACACCUACACUCAAAUCAGAGACAUUAACAUGAAUCAACGAGUCAUAUCUUGCGGGGUAUUGGAAACACCACGUUUCGGUCGCAAGAGCAACUUCUUUUUCGUGCCAGGUACGAAAGUCACUUUCGAAUGCAACCAAGAUUUCAUACUGAUUGGCGAUCAAAGACGAGUGUGCACGCCCGAGGGUCGCUGGAACGUCCCGGAAUAUGGAUACACGGAGUGUUUACGUCAGAUCGAGUAUGCUCAGCGUACGGCAUGGAUAACAAUGGGCAUUAUUUUCGCCGUGUUAGUUCCUAUAACGGGAUGUAUCGCGGGUGCAUUUUUUUAUAUACGAAAAAAUCAGACUCAGGGAGGCUCCGUGAACUCGUGGCGUUAUUCUGAACGGAGUUCCGGUGUCGAUGAUUCCACGUUGUUGAGACAGACUACGCCGUUGAAAUCGUUCGACAGACCAAUUUCACCCGUUAGCGAUACUAGCACUGCACCGAGUACAGUUAAGAAACCUCACAGUUACGACAAAGUAUAUCGUACACACGAACCAUUGCCAAACAGACCGAAUGUCGAUUUCGAGGACAAAGACUGGGACCUUAGAGAACCUAAUUCCCCGACAGACUCGGAGAAAAGUAUGACAGAGUCCAUUAGGAAAGCUGGAAGUCCCACGAAAGAGAGCGACGUGUAAAAUAAUUGGCGUCGUGGAACGAAUUCAGAAAGUAGAUAUUUUAAACUUUUGAAAUACUUCAGAAUUCUUAAUUCUUUAACAAAUUAAAGUGUCACGUAUUCAGUACGUUUUCUGUUAUCUUUUAUUCCACUUCGUAUUUCUCUAAAAUGGCGACGCAGGGGAUUGAUCUUUAGUUUUUAAAUUUGAAAGCUUUAGAAGUUGGGGGAUUUGGAGAUUUUGGAAUUUAAAAAUGCCUCUCUGGAUCCGUUCCUGUCGUGGACCAUCCAUUCUCGACAAAAAAACCUCACAUACUUGACAUUCUUGACAUACCGUCGGUAGUUCAUCAUUUAUGCAUUAAAUUUUCUUUGGAAGCAUCUCUUACAUGACAAAUACUUCGGGUCAUAAUUAUUCGCGACCGUACGCUUCGGAAUAAAACCGUACAUAAUCGAAUAUCAUUUGCACGAAAAAUGAACUGAUAACGUAAUAUAAAUGGAUUAAAUUGUACGUCAAAAGUGAUUAAGUUUUCACUUGUAUAUAUUCUGCUGUGGAAUAGAAAUGUUCAUUUUACGGAACGCUUAUUAGAUAAUGUAUCACUAAAUCACAAAGCUUCGUGUUUUUAUACAGUUUGAUGCAUAAUAUU